GUGAUUGCCCUUGUGAUGGAUUCCUUCACAGAUAUUGAUAUCUUUGGUGACCUUCAGGAUGCUUAUAACAACCGCAAAGUCCCUGUCUAUAUCCUUCUUGACCAGGACUUUCUACCCCAUUUCUUGGAAAUGUGCAAGAACUUAGGAGUUUGUCCUGAGCAGGAAAGUCUGAUGAGAGUUCGAACUCUCACUGGGAACACAUACUACAUGAGGUCAGGUGCCAAAAUUGUUGGGAAAGUUCAUGAGAAGUUCAUGUUAAUUGAUGGCAUUAGAGUGACAACAGGCUCCUACAGUUUCACGUGGUCUGAUGGGAAGCUGAACAGCAGUAACUUGCUGCUCUUGUCAGGUCAAGUGGUUGAACAUUUUGACCUCCAGUUCAGGAUUCUUUAUGCCCAGUCGAUGCCCAUCAGCCCUAAGUGGCCAUCCAGGAACAGUGGGAUGUUUGAUCACCUGGUGAACAGACUAGAGUCCCCUAAAGAAUAUACUGUGGAAGGCAACUUGAGAGCAGAAUUUGCCAGAUUGUCUAGUACUCCAAAGAGAUUGUUGAAAGAACUAGAUCAGGCUGAAGAUACUCCUGGAGGCAAACCCUGUAACCUGCGGCAUUCUUGCCUCUGUGAAGAGGAGUUGUUUGGCGAUCAAGAGGCCAUAGUGGAGUGGAAAAGCAUGUCGACUCAAACUGGCCCAUGGGAAGAGAAGCCUGCAGUGACCGUGUGUAAUGCUGCCACGCAGACCAGUGCUGUAACGGCAGAAACUGGCACUCAGACUUCUGUCACUGCGAGGAUGACGGGCACUCAGACUUCAGUUCUGCUGAAGACUGCAGUGACACAGACAAAGGAAGAUGAGUACACAGAAACACCCCUGCUUCACAGAAAGCUGUCAAAAGAAGGAUCUUCUCUGUCUGGAAAGGCUGUAUCAAGUUCUAGUCUGCGAUCACUGUCUUCGUCAUCAUCGCAGUGCUCUCUUGCAAGCUCUACCGGCUCACUAUCUUCUCUCCGGUCCUUUGAGUAUUCUAGCAGUCACAGGGCAGAAUAUUUCCAAAAACUGCAUAAAGAGAGGCAAUUCCACUACUCUACUAUCAGGUCAAAGCUUAGCCACAUGGUGGAUAUCCUAUCCCGGAGGAGACAUGUGCCUGAAAACUACAUGACCCAAUACACGGGAAGAUGCAAUCUAAAACAGAGGCGUGACAUCAGUGCCAGCCUGCGCAGCCUCCGGGACGUUUCACUCUUUUCUCUGAAUAAAUGA